UCUCCACAUCGCUUCUUGACCAAACCAUCUUUGUAACUUGCCCUUGUUGUUUCUGGACCAUAGCAUAUAAACCACAGAUCAUUCUAUUCCUUUUCAUGUAUGCUUUGCCAUAAUAAACCACAGAUCAAGUCCUGAAAAGGAUGAAAACCAUGAAAGGGUUCAGUUUUUGGCAACAUGCUCUUUCUUUCACCUUUUUAGUUUUUCUUUUCUUCCCUAGUCUGGGUAUCUUUUCGCAGAAAGCUGUGAUGGGGCAACCGCUUUACACCAAUUCCCGGUGGAUUGUUAACGGAUCAGGGCAACGAGUCAAACUGGCUUGUGUGAACUGGGUAACACACCUUGAAGUUGUUGUGGCUGAAGGCCUGAGCAAGCAGCCGGUGGAUGUAAUUUCCAGGAGUAUUGUAGAUAUGGGAUUCAACUGUGUCAGGCUAACUUGGCCACUUUUCUUGUUCACCAAUGAUACCUUGGCUUCCCUCUCCGUCAGGCAGUCUUUUCAGAAGCUUGGACUGACCGAGUCCAUUGCUGGAUUUCAAGCCAACAACCCCUCCAUAAUUGAUCUUAGCCUCAUCAAUGCUUAUCAGGCAGUGGUGGCUAGUCUUGCAAGCAACAAUGUGAUGAUCAUCCUGGAUAAUCAUAUAAGCAAACCAGGCUGGUGCUGUAGCAACUUUGACGGCAAUGGCUUCUUUGGCGAUCGGUACUUCAACCCUGACCUGUGGAUCAAAGGCCUGACUGAGGUUGCCGCCAUGUUCUGUGGAAUCAACAACGUGGUUGGCAUCAGCUUAAGAAAUGAACUCCGAGGACCCAAACAAAAUGUAAACGAUUGGUACAGGUACAUGCAGAAAGGAGCAGAAGCAGUGCACGCAGCAAACCCAGAUGUUCUGAUAAUUCUUUCUGGUCUGAACUACGAUAAAGAUUUCUCUUUCCUCCUCCAAAAGCCGGUCAACUUAACGUUCUCCGGCAAGCUGGUGUACGAGGUGCACUGGUAUGGCUUCUCAGACGGAAAGGCUUGGGAAACGGGCAACCCGAACCAAGUUUGUGGACGAUUGGUGAACGACAUGAUGAGGAAAUCGGGUUUCUUGUUGGAUCAAGGGUACCCGCUGUUCGUGAGCGAAUUUGGUGUGGAUCUAAGGGGAACUAAUGUGAAUGAUAACAGGUUCUUGAAUUGCUUCUUGGGCUGGGCUGCUGAACUGGACUUGGACUGGGCGCUUUGGACACUCGUUGGAAGCUAUUACUUGCGAGAAGGGGUGGCUGGAAAGGAUGAGAGUUAUGGGAUUUACAAUUGGAAUUGGUGCGAGACCAGGAAUUCAAGCUUCAUUCAAAGGAUUUCUGCCCUUCAAUCCCCUUUCCGAGGACCGGGUGUCUCGGAAAGCCGUCCACACAAAAUAAUAUUCCAUCCGGCAACGGGGCUUUGUGUGCAAAGAAAAUCAUUGUUAAAACCAUUGGAACUAGGACCCUGCUCUGAGGCGGAGGCAUGGGGCUAUAGCCCUCAGAAAACACUAACUAUAAAAGGAACGUACUAUUGCCUGCAGGCAGAUGCACUCGGGCAGCCAGCAAAACUUGGUAUAAUUUGCACUGAUAAAAGUUCAAAAUGGGAAGCCAUCUCAGACUCCAAGAUGCACUUAUCUUCCAAGCUUUGCGAUGGAAGUGAAGUUUGCUUGGACGUAGACUCCAACAACGUUGUUGUCACGAACAACUGCAAGUGUUUGAGUAGAGACAGUUCCUGUGACCCUGCGAGCCAGUGGUUCAAACUGGUUGACAGUAGCAGGCAUGGAACCAGCUCCACAAAAUCCUUUUCCCAGAUGGAUGACUCAAUCCUCUUUAAUCUUGCAAAGACGCUGGCUGAAAGCUUGAGAAGUUGGUAAUGUGGACGACAAAAAGGGACGGGGACCGGCCUUUUGAGCCUCUGCUUAUGCCAUUGCAAAUUUACACAAAAUUGUGAACAAACUUACAUGAACACUAUAACGUAAUGCAAAUAUACAUGCUUCCAUGUA